CAUCCCACCUCGGGAACACCAACCAGGUGCAGCGGCUCCUUCCUCCUCCUCCUCCCGGAGCUCGGUGGCUCUGAGCGCGGUGCAGAGACGGAAGAAGCCGCAGUGUGGAGCAGGGAUGCGGGUGUACUGAUGUGAGCGAUCCGCUGUGUCUCUGAGGGCCGGCCGGAUACCAGACUGCAGCCUCCUGCGGCCGCGGAGCUCCGUGUCCCUCCCGGAUCCCCAAAGCGCUGUCCGGAUGGCUGGACACCGCUGGGAGGACUGGUUCGAGCGGGAGGAGUUUAUCGGACAGAUCAGCGACAUCCGAGUGCAGAACCUGCAAGUGGAAAGAGAGGUGGUGCAGAAGAGGACCUUCACACGAUGGAUGAACCUGCAUUUAGAGAAGUGUGACCCGCCGCUGCAGAUCCAGGAUCUGUUCCAGGACAUCCAGGAUGGAUACGUCCUCAUGGCUCUGCUCGAGGAGCUGUCCGGCUGCAAACUGCUCCACGGAUUCAAGAAGUCUGCCCAUCGGAUUUUCCGACUCAACAACAUCGCCAAGGUGCUGUCCUUCCUGGAGGAGAGAAACGUGAAGCUGGUCAGCAUCGAUGCAGUCAACAUCGCCGAUGGAAACUCCUCCAUCAUCCUUGGACUCAUCUGGAACAUCAUCCUCUUUUUCCAGAUCAAAGAGCUGACUGGAAACAUCCGGAGCCAAUUUCCCUCCUCGUCCAGCUUGUCAUCCAUCCCCACCAGCUCCGACUCCGACACGUCCUUCAGCAGCACGCCGUCAGAGGAACGACAGUCUGCAGCCACCACCAUGAGGGAGAACAGCAAGGCCAUCAAGAAGCUGCUGCAGUGGAUCCAGAAGAGAACCCGGAAGUAUGGUGUGGCCGUGCAGGACUUUGGGAAAAGCUGGACCAGUGGUCUGGCCUUCCUGGCCGUCAUUAAGUCCAUCGACUCCAGUCUGGUGGACAUGAGGAAGGCCCUGCUAAGGACUCCCAGAGAGAACCUGGAGGACGCCUUCAGGAUAGCUCACUACAGUUUGGGGAUACCGCGACUGCUGGAGCCUGAGGAUGUGACUACAAAUGCUCCGGAUGAGCAGUCCAUCAUCAUGUAUGUUUCCCAGUUCCUGGAGCACUUUCCCGGCACACAGGAGUCCGAGGAACCCUCCCAGGUGAUUGAACGAAGCGUCUCCAUGGGCAGACUCAACUUCCGUGACAUUGAUUCGGAUUACAUGAGGAACGGAGCCCAUUGCAGCAGAGUCAAGCAGCGUUCCUACAUGUUCCAGAAGGACUCCACCCAACCUCCACCCAAACUCCUGAUCUCCUCAGUGUCGGAGGACAGAAGCGUCCUGGAGCCGCGUUUCAGGGUGGCUGCGGCUCGAUCGUGGUCCAGCGACGAUAUUUUAUCAGACCCCCCCAAAACCGAAGACGUCUCCAGCAGAGAGACUGGCAGCGAAGUCCUGGAGGACUUCGGUUCCCCUCAGCAGUCCUUCACUCACUCACCCUCAUCAGUACCAGAGUCGCUGAUUGGAGACUCUGCCAUCAACUCUCCUGACUCCUGGAUGGAGGGUGAGCUGAAUCCGGACCGGUUCUGUGAGAGUCGCAGUGACAGCUCUUUAUGUGACAGCGGGUCGGCCUGGGAUGUUUACCGGGCCACGCCGGUGGAGGUAAUGCCGUACGAUGAGGGAUUUAUCUCCUCCGUUGAGGACCGAGCUCCGGAUGAAUCCAUUAUUGAGACAUACAUUGAUGAAGGCAUGAACUCUCUGGACGGAAUCAAUGUGCAGACUGAGAGAAACCAAGAGGAAGAGAAACAGGAAAACACUGAGACUCUAAACCAUAAACCAGACUUGGCAGCUGAUCUUGAAGAAACCAAACUUAUGAAUAUGGAUGAAAUUCCAGUGCAACAGGAUGCAAUUCCCAGAGACCAAGAAACUUUGGAUAGGGUGUGUGAAACAAGACUGGACAGCUUUGAUGCUGGAGAUCUUGAGAAAUCAGAUCAGUUGAACCAGUUUGAGCCUUUCUUUUCCACUGAACCACCUGAAGACAUCCCUCUGAUUAAACAGGAUGGAGAAGGAAGUCACCAGGGUGGACAGUUUCCACCUGAGCAGACGCCUCAGGAGGAAACUGAUUCACCUCUAGAGGAUAAAUUAGAGGAGCUGCACGAUACAUCAAAGAGUUUUAAUGCAGGGAAUGACUCAUCUCUUGAAUGCCAAGAUAUUUUAAGAGACUUCUCACAGUGUGAGGAGGCCAGCAGCUCAGAAACUUCAAAUAAACAUUCAGUCAAACCAAGUCUGAACAUUCCUCUGAUCUCCAUUACCAGUGAGCCAGAGGAACCGGACGAAGAGUCAGAACUUUACCCAGGAAUACCUGAUCAGGACGAACAUGAAGAUCAGCAGAGAAACUCAGAGAUCCAGAGUUCUCAAGGUCCGGAUCCACCAAGCAUUGUUUGCAGUGAGGCUGAUGGACAAGAACCUCCAGAGAUCUCGUCCAGUUUGUUACCAGAGAACAAUAAACCAAUGACGGAUCCAGAAAGUGAGUCUUUAAAUGAACCAGGUGACCAGGAUGGGACUCACCCAGAUGGUGACUACGAUGAUAACAGGAAACAGGAGGAAGGGCUUCCUGGUUACAAUUCCCAGGAAGAUGGAUGUGACAGCCAGCAUGAGGAUCCUGACGGAGAUGGGAAGAGUCCGUCUGAUGGACACCAGGACACAUCAACUGAAAGGGAGACGGAGAACAGCCCACAGAACCUCCUGGACUCGUUUGAUGGCUUCCAGAACAUUCUGGUCCCAGAUCCUCAGAAGCUGAAUGGUCAGAUAGGGACGCCGUGUUCUCCACCAGCAGAUUUACCCAGAAACUUGGAGCCGCUGUCGUCUCACUUUGACAGAAGUUCUCCAACGGAGGAGCUGGUCGGUGACCGGAUUGAACCCAUGGAUCUGUUCUACCCGGACAAAGAGGAAUCCGUUCCUCCAGAACUUUCUGACUCAGACAUGCAGAGGUGGCCUUCGGUUCUGAGCGUCUCUGCUCUCCAACCAGCACCACCUUCAGACAGACCAGAGGACCCACAGGUGGACUUCCUGUGUGGAGGAGAGCAGGAUCGAACGCCUCCCGACUCACAUCUAUCCCAGGAGCAGUGUGUGAUGUGCGGAGUGACGAUCGGCGCUCCGCAGGCCGCUGAUGUUUCAGAAGCAGACAGCGAAGCCAGUUCUCUGAGGCUGGACUCCAUCAGACCAGAUGAGAUCCACAUCCCUCCGGUGCUCCGACACAGAAAAGGAGGUCGUCUCUCAGACUCCACGGACAAACCGAGAGCUGCGCCCAGAAGAGCUGAAGCUGAAGACUCUGAUUUAUGGUGGAGGGAGAACUGGGAGCUGUGUGUGCUGCUGCUGCUGUGGCUGCUGCUCUACUCCUUCAUGGUUCUCCCACAGAUGGACCUGAAGACGCUGCCGAGCCUGCUGCUCAACCGAUAAACACACACACACACACUUACUAAAACACAUUAAACACUCUGACACCGAGUCAGAGCUUAGCUGCCACCCUCCUCUUCAUCACUGACUGCACUCCAGCUUAAAUGAAGGCUUUUUAUUCUUUCUGACUGAAUUCAUUUUGUUUUUGAUUUACUUUUGUAAAAUAUAUAUAUAUAUAUAUAUAUGGUGUUAUUUUAAGAGAAAAUGUUCUGCUUUUAUGUAAACAAUGAAGUCAACAAAUGUAAAUUUACAGAUUCAUAAAGUUGGGAGAAUAACUAAACUUGCUGCUUUACAUUUUGAUCACUCACGUAGAUCUAAUCAUCAGAGAGAGAAAAAAUAAUUUUAUGGAAAUUAUGAAAAGUUUCUGUGUAACUGCCGAGAAAACAUGCCGCCACAGGAACAUUUUGUAAAAAAAAUAAUAAUAAAACAAGAAAAACUAUAAUUUAUCAAUUAAAUGUUCAUUUUCUGAUGUAAGAUAUAGAAAUUUAAACUUGAGUUAGUAAUUUUUUUGACUGCUAUAGUCUCAUAAACAUGAAUUAUUACAAAGUAAUUUUUUUGUUUAAUUUUAGCCACCGUUGCUUUAUCAUUUUAUAUUUUCAUCCUAUAGAUCUGCUGCUUCAGGCUCAUUUCAUUACUAAGUCAGGUCUGCUACUUUAACUAUAAUGCUGCCUGAUGAUGCAGAAUAUUUGGUUUUGAAAUGCUCUGUUUGCAGACAUGUGCAGAUUAACAGAAGUUUGGGUUUUUCCUCCUGUGUUCCACCUGGGAGCAUCAUUUAUUCUCCACUGGUUCUCUGUAACACUCUGCACAAACUCGGUGACAUUUUGUCCAGCUGCUGAUCGAUCAGCUGGUUCACUCUGAAGGUCUACGUCUGCAUGCUAAUGUGCAGAAUCACAACGCUGUGAACUGUGAUAAGUUUCUGUUGCAUUUGCAGGAAGCUUAAACUUUAAGAAAAAAAAAUAUAAAAUUGGUUUUGAAGUCUUGUUUUAGAAGGUUUUUGUAAAGUUUUAACCAGGAAAUAAAUCAUGCUUUCAGAUUGAAUCAAAGCAGGUGUGUAUCAGAGGCUGUAACACUGACAGAUCUCUGAUCUGUAAAUAAAACACAAUUACUGAAGAUGUAUGAAGACAAAGAAUGUUAAAAGUUGGCCAUGAUUUUUCACCCACAUUUGAACCCGUAAUGUGUUCCAGUUUAUCCAGAGAACAUUUUAAAGGGUCUUAGAGAUAUUCACACUCCUCGAUGUUUUCCAUCUUUUGUCACAUUACAAACAUAAACUUCAGUGUGUGCAACAUGGAUCACGCAUAAUUGUGCAUUGGAAGUAAGAUUAUACAUGACUUUCAAAGGUUUUUAUAGAAACAAUCUGAAAAUGUCACCGUUAUCUGAGUUAAUAGUUUGCAGAACCUCUUUUCACGUCACCUAAAGAUGUAUGUUGUUUGGGUUUAUACCAGCUUUUCACAUUAAGAGGCUGAAAUUUGUGUCCAAGUCACUUUUUCAAUUCUAAUACUUCACUAUUAUGGCCGAUUUUAUGUUGAAUCCCAAUGAAAUGCACUGAAGUUUGUUGCUGUAAUCGUACAAAAUCGGAAAAAGCUGAAAGGAUGCGAAUACUCUUUGGUAAUACACCUUGUGGCUGUGUGGGUUCAGUGUCUGACCUGCGGCAAACAACUGAGCAUGCUCAGUUUGUCAAUCAGGAACUAGAAUUGACCUCAUGUUCAGAAUGUGAAUAAUGUGAUUCAUUUAAAAGUUUAUUCACAUAAUAAAAAUAAAAAGGAAUCAAAAUCUUGAUUUAAUACAAGUAAAGAUUUGGCCUCAUUGAUGGAUCCACAGUGGCAUCCUGUUUAUUAAACCUGGAACAUGUUACAGUUUCUGCUCCUUUACUGUGACUCGGGACAUUUUGGACAAACAUUCCUGUCACACAUUGAGACUUAACUAUCAUAUGAAAGACUGAAGCAAAAUGUAGAUGAUCAGUUCAAGUUUUUUGUAUGUUUGUGAAGUUUGAUGGAGUCUUUCUGAUGGUGCUGCAUUUUGUAACAAGGAAAUCUGAAGAAACAAACUGCCAAAGAUCAUGUUGGAUACAUUAACUCCACCAGCAGAUGAACAUCAGGUCACUAGUUUCAGCAGGAUUUUGCAUGUAGUGUUUUAGGAGACUGAGUGGGAAUGUUUGUGGAUCAUAAGAUAGGGGGGGAGGGUGGAUUUUUGAUGUUUGGAACACUUAUUUUUAUUUUAUUUUAAUCAUUUCUGUGUGAAACCACCAACAAACACUGAACUUUCUUCUUCUGCUCAAGCUUCUCCCUGCAGCAUCUCCUCCGUCCACUGGGGGCAGCAGAGAGGCUGCUCAUCACAGUUUGUCUUCAUUACUACUGUGUGCCUGCUCUGGAUUUACUAUUUACACACCUUUGUGCUAAUUGUACACUUAUUACUGACUGAAGUCUGUAAUCAGCCUCAACAUUAGAACCACUUGGAGGAGAAAUAUUACACUUCUAGUCAGAGGAAGGUUCAAACAUUUAUAUCCCUCCAGAACCCCCACGACUCGACUCCAACACGACUCCUGCUCAGGAACGAUUAAAUACAAAACAGACCGAUCCGAUUAGAGAACUCAACAACCCUCAAGACCCGCAACAUACGCAGCCAAUGACCCAUUAUGCUCAUACUGUUUGACCUACUGAACAUUACACAAACAAACUGGUUUUAAUGUUCUGGCUGUUUGUUGCACUGUUAUUAUUAUUAUAAUUUUAAGAAAUAUAUGUAAGGAUUUUGUAAAAUUGUCAAAAAUCACUGAAGUUCUGCAUUUAAUAUCCUGUUUUAUUUGCAUUUUAAUCCAGCAGAAACCAGUCAGUGUGAGUGAUUUGACUAUAUUUUAUGUAUAUUAUUUACCUUAUUAGGUUGUUACUGAUGCAUUAAAGUACCCCUAAUAUGGAUAUCAA